AUGGCCGGCGAGGAUUCGAGCAGUCGUCCGCCGUACGGUUCCCCAGAUGCAUCGAGGACACAAUGGCUGGGAGUCCCGGCCGAAGCAGAUAUCCCCCGAAUACACCAGGGGUUGCGCAUUGCAGUUGACGCGGGAUUUGUCAAGUUCCUGAUGGACUAUGCCGCCAACAACAACAACAGCGAUGAGUGUCCGCCCCUGUUCAAGGCGUACCUCGAAGAGGUGGUGCUCAGGCCAGGGGCCGAGGACCUCAGACUGCAGGUCGAGAGCCACCUGCGGAACCCACGCAUCAGAGACUUCGGCCUCGGCCCGGUCUUCCUCCGCGAGCUUGAGAGGUACAGCAUCUUCGACCAGGUAUUUCCUCCGGUGCCUGGACGGCGGCCUGCCCUACCGAGCGCUCCGAUUCCCGAACCGUACCGGCCCCUGGCUCCUACCCCGGGACGGCUCGCCGAGACUGCCUCCGAGCCGCCCGAGCUCGUCGAGCCGGGCCUCCGCGAGGGUGGCGGCGAGGAGACAGACUCCGGAGACGACGAGCGAGAGAGAGCCGCAAUGAUGGAACGCCUGCAAGCCCUCGAACAGGGGCGUGCGCCUCCGCAUCGGAACCUUAACGCUCCGGCCGCUCCCCUCCCAGGCCCAGGCGUUGUGUCCGUUCCUCCUCCUAUCCCUUCGAGGAGCGCCUUCGGUGAGCAAGGCAGGGGCGGACAAGACACGGGGAGGCUUGCCGCAUUGCUCCGUCGGCUCCAGUCCAUCCCUGUCCUGUCUCGGGCUGGCGACUUUCGGGAACAGGGAGACGAGGCGAUGGGCAGCCGCCGCGACUGGGAAGCAGACUCCUGGUACAAGGGCAAGCGACAGCCCCCAUUGGCGGUCCGGCUCGACACCGUGGUCAAGUUCCUCGCCGAGGAAGACGUGGACCGGUGUCUGAACUGGGAGGCCAGAUUCGGUGAGGUUGUGUCCUACCUGGAAUGGCUCGCUCUCGGCGACGGCAGCCAUCAACUGCAGGCCGCCCACCCGCAGACCCGGGCCACGUUCAACGACGCCGUCACCAAGGCAAAGGCCCACGUGCUGUUCGAGAAACAUCACUACGAGCCCACGCCCCCCUUGACGAUGAUGAUGAUGACGAAGAUCGCCAAGCCGCCACCGAGGCACCACCCCCUGAGAUCGACGCGCCUUGACUGGAUGGUCGACCCGCGCCGCCGGCCCCUCCCGUCCUGGACCGCGGCGGUGGUGCCUGACCGCAGCGAGCUCCUCCCGAGGGCGAUCGUCCCGCGGCCCCCGGUUCCCGUCAACAGGAUGCUGGUCGACAGACCCGGAGACCGUGCCUUGUACGACCGAUUCGCCGAGGACGAGAGAAGGUGGUGGCGCCGCGUAGCCGGCAGAAACGGCCCGGACGACAUCCCCCGCGACGACGGAGGAGCCAAGGAUGCCGCGGCCGAGCGGCAGAACCUCGCCUACAUCGAGGAACAAUCCUUCCUCUCCGUUUGCCGCCGCCAAGAUCGGGAGCAGCAAAACAACAACAACAACAACAACUACAACAACAACAACACCGACAACACAGGAGACGACAGGCCGGCAGCGAGAUGGGCGAGGGAGCGCGGGGCCCGGCGUGCGCGGCUGCAACGAGCCCUCUGCGCCCUCCCCACCGACCCCCUCCCCUUCCGCCAUGACUCCUCCGCCUCCUCCUCCUCCUCCUCCUCCCCUCGUCGUCCCCGGAACACGCUGAUCCUCCCCCUGCCGGCGGCGGUCCUGCGCCAGGCCCGCGAGCGCGCCGACGGCCUGCAGUGGACGCCCCCUUCGCUCUCCGCUUCCGAGCUGCUCCUCCCCGCCGUGCGAGAAGGACCAGGACCAGGACCAGGACCACGACCAGGACCAGGACCAGGACCAGGACCAGGACCAGGACCAGGACCAGGACCAGGACCAGGACCAGGACCAGGACCAGGACCAGGACCAGGACCAGGACCAGGACGGGGGGCGGACGAAGGGGAGGAAAACGACGACGGUGAUAAUCAUCACCAGCAGCAGCAGGACUACUACGAUCGCCACCACCCAUUCGAGACGAUGCCCUACAACGUCUCGUACCGCGAGCGGCUCCGGCGCAUCAGGCAGGCGCGCGAGCUGGCGCGGCUGCGCGUGGAGGAGGAGGAGGAGGAGGAAAAAGAAGAAGAAGAGAAACAAGAGGACGAGGGAGGCGGGCGGGUGGCGCUGCCGCGGAACCUGGUCGUCGGCGGGCCGCUUGUAUGGGCCGCGGCCGACGCCGGCGCGCGGGCACGCCGGGACCUGCUGCGGGCGUGCCGGACCGCGCUGUCCCUGCUCCGCGCCGCCGGCAGGAGGGUGCCGCGGCCGCUGCUCAAGGCCGUGCUGAGGGCCGCCCGGAAGGGGGCGGAGAAGGGUCGCGGUGGCAGCGGCGGCAGCGGCGGCGGGGAGUCGUUCCCGGACGGGGAUGGGAGGAAUGUGGUGCCUGCGGGAAUCAGACCGGCGGCGGAUGACUGGGAGCCGCAGCAGCGGGAAAAUGAGGAGGGGGAGGUUGUUGGUCGUGGUCGUGGUCGCGGUCGCGGUCGCGGACGGGGGGAGAGGCAGCGACGGCCGAGGCUGCUUGAUACGGACGAGGUCGAGUGGCUCAAGUUCCUGGCCGGGGAGUGCGUCAACCGGAAGAACUGGACGGGCAGGUUCGUGCCGGACACGCCGAGGGACAAGUACCGGCUGUUUCUGCUGUUCGCCACCAAGGUGCAGAAGCUACUGGACGACAAGAACCCCCGGGGGCUCUUCGCCUCGCACCGCGCCGCCGUCGAGGUCGAGGAUCUGCUGAGGGCCAUCAACGCCGGCAAGGACAGCAGCGCCGUGACCAAGCACGAAUUCCGGCCGCACGAUGCCUGCUGCUGGCUCGACAGGUUAAAGAAGAGCGGGCAUGUGAGAUUCCACCUCGAUCCGCGUUGCUACGGCAUCGUCAAGCGCCCCGAGGCCGAAUUCUUCCCGGAACACCGCGUGCUCUGGCCGGCCGCCGCGGGGGGGGCCGACGAGCGCCCGCGGCCCAGCUUCUCGCGCGGCGACGUCGCCGACUGGGGGCGCGUCGUCCGCGACGGCCACGUGCCCGACACCGGCGAGGGCAGCGCCAUCUGGAACUUUUUCCUCUCCCUGGCCUUCCGCCUCGGCUACACCAUCUCCACGCUCGAGGCAGAGACAGAGGCCGAAGCUGAGGCAGGACAGCGGCAGCAGCAGCUCGUCCGGACUCGCCUUCGCCUCCGCGAGGCCAUCGACAAAUGGAAGCGCGCCUGCGCCCGCGACCCUUCCUCCGCAGCCAGCGCCGCGGAGCCGACGCCCCGCGAGCUCGCCCUCAUCCGCACGCGCCUCAUCGACGAGCUACACGCCAACGAGACCAUGUUGCACCCGGCCCGGCGGCGGGUGUGGUUCGACAACAGCCGCGGGCAGCAGCAGCCGCGCGCCGUCCUGGUCCGCGACUUCAACUGGGACUGGGCGGCCGUUCCCCGCCCCGGCCGCCGUCGCAACAACCGCCGCCACCAGUUCUGGUCCCUCGACCGCUGGCCGGCGCCUUCCUCAAAGGAGGACGACGGCGGCAACCAGGACCGGUUCGCCGACGGCGCCGCGACAUACGACCCUGCCGCUGCCGACCCGACGACCGACUGGCGCUACACGCAGCCCCGGAUGCGGCCGUACGGCUACGAGCGGGUGCUGUUCCGCCCCGGCCCGGCCGUCUACCAGGCCGGGGAUACGCGGCUGCAGAGGGAGGUGCUGCGGGGGCUGGUGGAGGACAUGGCUGACCAAGCUGCCGGGCUGGACGAGGAGCAGCAGCAGCAGCAGCAGCAGCAGCAGCAGCAGCAGCCGGAGCAGGAGCAACAGCCACGAGCUUGGAGCGAUAUGCUCGCGAGCUGGAACCCACUCUCGCGCUGUUCAUCGAGGGCAGCGCGUAAUAAGGAGGCAGAGGGACAGGACGAUGGAGGAGAGCCGGAGAGCAAGUUGCCGCCCGUGGACGUCAGCGCUAUUCCGAGUAGCUGGGAUCCUGUUGCGGCGGCUGAGCAACACGACGACGUUGACGACGUUGACGACGUUGACGAUGAUAUGAUGUUGCUUGAUGACGCUGACGAGGCGGGUGACGACGGCGCCCAUGAUGACGAUGAUAUCCAGAGCGUCGAUGUCCUUAUGACGGGGAUGGGCGAUCCAUGGACGACAGCUUGA